AUGGAUUCUGUACCAAGACUGAACAGCGUUUUUACUCUGGUGCUCUCUGGCUUGUGGAAUUUUGGAUUAACAGCGACAAAUUAUAACUGUGAUGACCCAUUGACCUCCUUCCUCUCACUGAGGGCUUUCUCUAGCUCCUCAGAUCUCACUGGAAGGUCUAGCCCUGCUCAGCUCAACUGGAGAAUGGGUACAGGUGGUUGGUCCCCAGCAGAUUCUAAUGCCCAACAGUGGCUCCAAAUUGACCUGGGAAACAGAGUGGAGAUUACAGCUGUGGCCACACAGGGAAGAUAUGGGAGCUCUGACUGGGUGACAAGCUAUCGCUUGAUGUUCAGUGACACAGGGCACAACUGGCAACAGUACACGCAGGAAGACAGCAUCUGGACAUUUGUAGGAAACAUGAAUGCUAACAGUGUAGUUCACCAUAAACUGCUGAAGUCUGUGAGAACCCGCUUUGUUCGCUUUGUGCCCCUGGAGUGGAAUCCAUAUGGAAAGAUUGGCAUGAGAGUGGAGGUCUAUGGAUGCUCCUACAGAUCAGAUGUGGCUGACUUUAAUGGCUGGAGCUCACUUCUCUACAGGUUCAAUCAGAAGACAAUGAGCACGUUCAAAGACGUGAUCUCCCUGAAGUUCAAGAGCAUGCAAAGGGAUGGGGUCCUGUUCCACGGAGAAGGACAACGUGGAGACCACAUCACCCUAGAGCUCCAAAAGGGCAGGCUCGCCCUGUACCUGAACCUGGAUGACAGCAAAGGCCAGCUCAGCAGUACUGUGCCCUUGGUCAUCCUGGGUAGCCUUCUGGAUGACCAGCACUGGCACUCGGUUCUCCUGGAACGUGUGGGCAAGCAGGCAAACUUCACUGUGGACACAAACACACAGCACUUCCAGACGAAGGGUGAGACUGAUGUACUGGACAUUGACUAUGAGCUCAGUUUUGGAGGAAUUCCAGUACCAACCAAACCUGGGACCUUUUUAAAGAAAAACUUCCAUGGCUGUAUUGAAAACCUUUACUACAAUGGAGUGAACAUAAUUGACUUGGCUAAAAGACGCAAACAUCAGAUCUACUCAGUGGGCAAUGUCACCUUUUCCUGCUCAGAACCACAAAUUGUGCCCAUAACAUUUGUCAACUCCAAGAGCAGUUAUUUGCUGCUACCUGGUACCCCCCAAAUUGAUGGUCUGUCAGUGAGUUUCCAGUUUCGAACAUGGAAUGAGGAAGGUCUGCUUCUGUCCACAGAACUGUCUGAAGGCUCUGGGACCCUGCUGCUCAUCCUGGAGGGUGGGACUCUGAGGCUCCUGAUUAAGAAAGUGGCCGGACAUGGAACUGAAAUCAUUACAGGCAGAGACUUGAAUGAUGGCCUGUGGCAUUCUGUCAGCAUCUAUGCCAGGAGAAGUCGUGUUACUCUCACUCUGGAUAAUGAUGCUGCUUCCCCAGCUCCAGCUACCUCCUUGCUACAGAUCUAUUCUGGAAGUAAUUAUUACUUUGGAGGGUGCCCGGACAAUCUCACCGAUUCCCAAUGCUUAAACCCCAUUAAGGCUUUCCAAGGCUGCAUGAGGCUCAUCUUUAUUGAUAACCAGCCCAAGGACCUCAUUUCAGUUCAGCAAGGUUCCCUGGGGAGUUUUAGUGAUUUACACUUUGAUGUGUGUAGCAUCACAGACAGGUGUUUGCCAAACUACUGUGAACAUGGAGGACACUGUGCCCAAACCUGGACUGCUUUCUACUGCAACUGCAGUGACACGGGUUACACAGGAGCCACCUGUCAUAACUCCAUCUAUGAGCAAUCCUGCGAGGCAUACAGACACCAAGGGAACAUGGCUGGGUUCUUCUAUGUUGAUCCUGAUGGCAGUGGCCCACUGGGACCGCUUCAAGUGUUCUGCAAUAUUGCUGAGGACAAGGUCUGGAUGACAGUUCAGCACAAUAGCACAGAGAUGACUCGGGUCCAGGGCUCCAACCCUGAGAAGCCUUAUGUGAUGACCUUAAACUAUGGUGGAAGUGUGGAGCAACUGGAGGCUCUGAUUGAUAGCUCAGAGCACUGUGAACAGGAGGUGACAUACUACUGCAAGAGAUCCCGCCUGCUUAACACACCAGAUGAAAUCCCACUCACUUGGUGGAUUGGGAGGUCCAAUGAAAAACACCCUUAUUGGGGAGGUUCUGUUCCUGGAGUCCAGCAGUGUGGAUGUGGGCUAGAGGAGAGUUGCAUGGACAGUCGACAUUUUUGCAAUUGUGAUGCUGGCACAGAUAAAUGGACAAAUGAUACUGGUUUUCUUUCUUUCAAAGAUCACUUGCCUGUAACUCAGAUAAUUAUUACUGAUACCAACAGAUCAAAAUCAGAAUCUGCUUGGAGAAUUGGCCCCUUGCGUUGUUAUGGUGACCGACACUUCUGGAAUGCUGUCUCAUUUUCUACUGAAGCUUCUUACCUCCACUUUCCUACCUUCCAUGUGGAAUUUAGUGCUGACAUUUUCUUCUUUUUUAAAACCACUGCAUUAUCAGGAGUUUUCCUAGAAAGCCUUGGCAUUAAAGACUUCAUCCGACUUGAAAUGAGCUCUCCUUCUGAAGUCAUAUUUGCCAUUGAUGUUGGGAAUGGUCCCAUUGAGCUCCUCGUCCAGUCUCCUUAUCCCCUGAAUGACAACCAAUGGCAUUAUAUCCGGGCUGAGAGAAACCUCAAGGAGACCUCAUUGCAGGUGGACAACCUUCCACAGAGCAUGAGGGAGGCAACAGAGGAAACCUAUUUCCAAUUUCAGCUGAAUAGCCAGUUGUUUGUAGGAGGAACAUCAUCAAGACAAAAGGGCUUUUUUGGAUGCAUCCGUUCCUUACACUUGAAUGGGCAGAACAUAGAUCUGGAAGAGAGGGCAAAGGUCACAUCUGAAGUCAGACCUGGCUGUCCAGGUCACUGCAGCAGCUAUGGAAGAAACUGCCACAAUGGGGGGAAGUGUGUGGAGAAAAAUAGUGGCUACUCCUGUGACUGUACCAACUCACCAUAUGAAGGGCCUUUCUGCCAGAAUGAGAUUUCAGCUCUUUUUGAUUCUGGUGCCUCUGUUACAUACAUGUUUAAAGAACCACAUCCAGUGACCAAGAACACAAGCCUCGCAUCUUCUGCUAUCUACACAGAUACAGCUCCAUCCAAGGAAACCCUCAUGCUGAGUUUCAUGACAGCACAAAGCCCAACCCUCUUGCUCUACCUCAAUUUCUCUUCUCAGAAUUUUCUUGCUAUUUUGCUCUCCAGGAAUGGAAGUUUACAGAUUCACUAUCGAAUAGGCAAGGAAGAAAGUCAUGUGUUCACCAUCAGCACAGAGAAUCUUGCCAAUAAAAGAGUACAUCAGGUGAAGAUGAGCCGAGAUGGGCCAGAACUUUCCAUUCAGAUGGACGAGCAACACUUCAGCUAUAAUUUCUCACUAGAAGCUGAGUUCCAGAGAGCAAAAUCGCUUGUCCUAGGCAAAGUCACAGAGACUCUUGGGUUGGAUCCAGAAGUUGCUAGAGCAAACACCUUGGGUUUUGUUGGAUGUCUUUCUUCAGUCCAAUACAAUCAUAUAGCACCACUGAAGGCAGCCUUUCGCCAUGCCAGCAUUUCACCUGUGACUGUCCAAAGGACUUUGACAGAAUCCAGCUGUGGGUCCAUGGGGGACUCUGAUGUGAAUGCAGUGACCACCAUGCAUUCUUCAAUAGAUCCCUUUGGAAAGAGAGAUGAGCAUGAAUUGCUCACACAUGCAGUCCAAAGUGACUCCACAGUCAUUGGAGGUAUCAUAGCAGUGGUGGCAUUUGUCACCUUUUGUGCCAUUGGAAUCAUGAUCCACUUCCUCUAUCAGCACAAGCAGUCACACCAGGCCAGUCAAACAGAGGAGAAGGAGUACCCUGAAAAUGUGAACAGUUCCCUUAGUAAUGGCAUUGACUUGUGA